GCCCUCUGGAGAACCUGCCAUGAAUGAUGAUCAACUCCUCCGUUAUAGCCGCCAAAUUAUGCUGCCGCAGAUUGAUAUUGAGGGGCAGGACAAACUGAGUGCCGCCGUUGUGCUGAUUAUUGGGGUGGGUGGUUUGGGUUCACCGGUUGCCAUGUACCUUGCCAGCAGUGGUGUGGGCAAAUUGGUGCUGUGUGACCCGGAUGUGGUCGAUCUAACCAAUUUGCAACGCCAGAUUGUCCACGACACCCCUAAGGUUGGUACACGUAAGGUGGAUUCCGCCGCUGAAACCUUGCGUCGUCUUAACCCGGAAAUCACGAUUGAAACCAUUCCCGCCAAGCUGGAUGAAGCAGCUUUGCUGGUGCAAAUGCAGCAGGUGGAUGUGGUGGUGGAUUGCACCGAUAACUUGGAUUCACGUUUGUUGAUCAACCGGGUGGCAGUGGUUGCGCGUAAACCGCUGGUGUCGGCGGCUGCGAUUCGCUGGGAAGGGCAGAUCAGCGUGUUCCAGCCGUGGCUUGGGGAGAAUCCUUGCUACCAC